AUGAGGAAGCAACUAGACCCUCGAAUACCCAUUCUCAUUAACAAUAAUGUCAAGCGAAAUCAUCGUUCUUUCAUUGUCCUUGUAGGAGACAAGGGCAGAGACCAGAUCGUUAACCUUCACUUCCUCUUGUCUCAAGCGCGAGUUUCUGCGCGGCCUUCUGUGUUGUGGUGUUACAAAAAAGAGCUUGGUUUUACAAGUCAUCGGAAGAAACGAGAACAAAAAAUCAAACGAGAUGUAAAGAGGGGCGUUCGUGAGCCGAACGAGCAGAAUCCGUUUGAAAUUUUCGUUACGGUCACCGACAUCCGUUAUACCUACUACAAGGAGUCGCACAAAAUACUAGGAAACACAUAUGGCAUGUGCGUUCUGCAAGACUUUGAAGCCAUUACGCCCAAUCUGUUGGCACGAACUAUAGAGACAGUGGAGGGCGGAGGACUGGUCGUCCUCUUGUUAAAAACGAUGACGUCCCUCAAGCAACUGUACACGAUGACCAUGGAUGUUCACGCUCGGUAUCGAACCUCUUCGCAUGACUCCGUCGUUGCUCGCUUCAAUGAGCGAUUCAUUCUCUCCCUUGGGUCUUGCGCUGAUUGCCUUGUCCUCGACGAUGAACUAAACGUACUCCCUAUUUCCCGCGGGAAAGAUAUUACUCCCAUUGAAGACAAACCUGGAAAGGAAAAGGCUGCCGAAACAGAGCUCAAGGAACUCAAGGCCACCCUAGAGGAUACCAAGCCGGCUGGCGACCUGAUUAAACUUGCAAAGACCACGGACCAGGCGCAAGCCAUACUUACAUUCAUCGACGCCAUCGCGGAGAAAACUCUGAGCUCGACGGUUACACUUACGGCUGCUAGAGGUCGGGGAAAGAGUGCUGCUCUUGGGCUGGCGAUUGCUGCUUCACUAGCGCACGGUUAUUCGAACAUCUUCGUCACUAGCCCGAGCCCGGAGAAUUUAAAAACAUUGUUUGACUUUGUCUUUAAGGGAAUGGACGCGCUGGGCUAUGAGGAGCAUCUAGAUUAUGACAUUGCGCAAAGCACAAAUCCGGAUUUCAAUAAGGCCAUUGUAAGGGUGAACGUGUUUAGGGAUCACAGGCAGACCAUCCAGUAUAUUCAACCGGAAGACGCGCACGUCCUUGGCCAAGCAGAGUUAGUGGUUAUUGACGAAGCAGCAGCCAUUCCCCUACCCCUUGUACGCAAACUCAUUGGACCUUACCUUGUCUUCCUCGCCUCCACCAUCAACGGCUAUGAAGGAACUGGCCGUUCCCUCUCUCUCAAGCUCAUUCAACAACUUCGUGAAAGUACCCGCCCCUCGCUAACCAAGGACGUCUCUGGACACGCAAAAGAUGACGAAGCUGCCAGCACAUCUACAUCCAAAAAGGCAUUGGCUAAAGCGCCUCCAAAAGCCCGUACACUUCGCGAGAUCAAGCUCGAAACCCCGAUUCGAUAUUCUGCGGGUGAUGGGAUUGAGAAAUGGCUCAACGGUCUACUUUGCUUGGAUGCCACAAUUCUACCAAAAGCUAAUGUACAGGGUUGCCCGCUUCCCGCUGCAUGCGAGCUGUUUUACGUCUCUCGCGACACGCUGUUCUCCUACCAUCCUGCAUCUGAGGUGUUCCUUCAGCGGAUGAUGGCACUCUACGUUGCGUCGCAUUAUAAGAACCAGCCAAACGACUUGCAACUCCUGUCUGAUGCGCCAGCUCAUCACCUCUUCGUGCUAUUACCUCCAAUCAAAGAUGACGAGAGUCAUCUCCCAGAGCCCUUGGUAGUGCUACAGGUCGCGUUGGAGGGCAAUAUCAGCAAGGAUGUUAUCAUGGACGGCAUAGGGAGGGGCGUGAGGGCUGGGGGUGAUAUGAUCCCAUGGCUUGUAGCCCAGCAGUUCCAGGAAAACAGGUUCGGUACGUUGAGUGGGGCUCGAGUGGUCAGGAUUGCUUGCCAUCCGGAUUAUGCGAAUAUGGGCUAUGGGUCUAGGGCCUUAAAAGCCCUCAACUCCUUCUAUAGUGGGGAGUUGUUCAACUUGGAUGAAAACGUCACCUCCAAGGAGGUCGAACACGCCGAUACUGCCACCGUUGACUCUACGACAGAUCUCCUGACGGAAAAUCCGACGGUGCGAGCACCAACAGCCAUGGAACCACUCCUCCAACGUCUGUCGGAGCGAAAACCAGAGAACCUGGAUUACUUGGGCGUAUCUUAUGGUCUGACACCACCUCUUCUCAGAUUCUGGAAGCGAGCUGGUUAUGUACCGCUAUAUGUGCGGCAAACGACGAGCGAGCUGACGGGAGAACAUACAUGCGUAAUGGUGCGGGGGUUGAAUAGCUCCACUGAGAGUGAGUUGGAGUGGCUUGGAGAGUUCGCGAAAGAUUUCCGAAGGCGAUUCCUCACCUUGUUAUCUUACAAAUUCCGGGAGUUUGGGAGUGUGACUGCUUUAAGCAUACUCGAAGCUACGAAUGCAGGUCUUAAAAAGCCGGACGAGAAGUCAAAGUCAAUAGAUCUAGGUCCAGAGGAACUUUCUAUUCUGUUCACGCCUUACGACCUCAAGCGACUCGAAUCCUAUGCGAACAAUAUGCUGGACUAUCACGUUAUCCUUGACCUCCUUCCCUCAGUCUCAUCCUUAUACUUCCAGAAGCGGCUUGGGGACGAAGUCAGGCUCAGUGCUGUCCAGAGUUCCAUUUUGCUUGCUCUGGGGCUGCAGAGGAAGACGAUAGAAGAAGUCGAGGCAGAACUCCAACUGCCCGUAAACCAAUCCCUUGCCUUGUUUGUCAAGGUGAUUCGUAAGAUUGGAAAACGAUUGAUUGACAUCCAGAAGCAAGCCAUCAGUGCUGAGAUGAGGCUUUCUGGCCCAGCCCCGACCGGGACGUCACGAGUAGAUGUUCCCGCUCCUAGCGAUGACUGGAAGCCUAUGACCCAGAUAGUGGCGGAAGAGCUCGAUGAGGCCGGCGACAAGGUCAAAUCGGCAUUGAGAGAAAAACAACGGGAGAUGUUGGAUUCUCUGGACCUCAAAAAGUAUGCGAUCAAUGAUGCAGCAGUAGACUGGAGCACUGCAGAAGCGCAGGUGAAGGAACUUGGAACUGGGGCGGGCAAGUCGAGUAUUGUGAGCUUUCGGGCUGGGACUCAAGUCGGGCAGAAGAGGAAGGCGGAUGCUGAGGACCGGGUAGAAGCAGGAGGGGCAGGAAAAGAUAAGAAACCAACACGAAGGAGUAAGAAGACGAAGCGGUAG